GUUCAUUAACGAAUAAUAUAAAUUAUUCUAUCAAAAUUCCAUGAUAUACAGUAUCCAGAAAACAAUGGAAUAGAAAGACGACAUUAUAGCAUUACUUAAGCGUUUUGAUGUUGUUACAAAGUCCGAACUUGACUUUAAAAGUCGUCUUCCUAUUUCAGCGUUUUCCGGUUAUUACUAUUUCCCCUUUAUUACCACUUGCAUCUCACACCUCUAAGCCUCAUCAAACUAAAGUAAACAGCACGUCUAAUUUAAAUAUCACAAGUUUUCGAUCAGAUAUCCUCUCAUGGAAGAGUUAUGAGAAUUUGGACAAAUAUAAAGAUUCCGAAAAAAAAUAACUUUCUCAUUAUUCUCAAAUUUGGCGUAAUGUAUGUUUUUAAAAUGGUGAACACUCCCUUUAAAGAUAGAAGAUUCUCUGAAGAUGGAUGUGAAGAAAAAAGUGAAGAUUGAGAAGAUGAAGAUGUCCCGGAGUAUGCUAGAUGUUGCAGCAUACUUUGUUGCAAAGAAUAGGAUUCAUAAUUCUGAUGAUUUAUGGUUCGGGAAUGAAAAUCAGGAUGACGUUGAGAUGUAUUGUAGGCUCAACGAACCAACUGAAAAGGAAGAAAAUACAUGUGAUAAGAAAGAAGAGGAAGAAGAAGAAGAAAAAGAGGAAGAAGAAGAAGAAGAGGAGAAGGAGAAGGAGGAGGACACGGAAAUCGACUGGAAGACAGUUUUGGAUUUGAUUCCAACUACCACCAGUGAGGAGGACGAGAAAAAUCGCAGGGAACUUUGGAAGAAGAUAGUUGAGGAGGAAGGAGAGGAGGAGGCAGAGGAGGAGGAAGGGGCAACAAUUGGGCAAAUGGAUGAGGGGUUACGGAAGAUUUGCAAAACUGAUAUGAGUAAUAUGAACACUACAGUGGUUCAAGCAUUUUAUUUUGCUAAAAAAGAGGCUGACAGGUCUCAACUUCUCUUCGAGGAAUUUAGAACAUUUCUAAUUGGAGUCAAGCAAGCUUUCCAGAUAUGUCAGGUACUUGGAUUGAGCACUCCUUCAGGAGAACAGAAAAUUGAUCAAGCUGCCUUGGUAUCUUCCCCACUUCAGGAAGUGCUCGAGAUGUGGAUAGGACCUAUUGAAAAUAUGACGGAUGUUUACAAUGAUAUUGAUCUGGAUGGAGCAGGAUCAAUCAAGUUUAAGGAGUUACUUGGCUGGUCUCUGUCACACAGCAAGAAGGCUCUUCAAGGUUAAAGGAAUUUUGGGCUGGACGCAAGUGCAGUCUCCGCGUGCCUUAUUUAACUUUAGUGUUUGGCGCAUGUGCAAGCGUAGUCUCUGCUUGCAAUGUUCAACUUGUAACUUUUAGUGUUCUAGCA